AUGACAUUCUGUGUUAUUGGCAUCGCAGCGGCUAAUUAUAAACCUUGCGGUGAACGCAAAGAUCAGACAAAUUGCCCCUACGAAAGGCAAGGUAAUGGGUCGAAGUCGAAUCUGAAUCAGACAAGUUACCAGAACAAGGCAGACGAGGGAGCGAAGAAGACAAUUGCUUCGGGUGCUGUGACAGUGACGAGUCAAAAGAAGCAUAUCAGGGAUGAGGACGAACCAGCUAUGGGUCACGAUGAAACCGAUAGAUCAGAGAGAGAAGAUCACUACUCUCAGUUUGUAGCACAGUUGGUGGUGAAGACAGACAGCGAGAUAACUGGUUUGCAGUCGACCCAGGUGGAGGAGGAAAAUGCGAGAAUGGAGGAAAUUUUGCAGAUU